GGCCGCCACGCUGCUGCUGCAGCUGCUGCUACUGCAGGAGAGGGGGAGGAGGCGGGCCGCGGCUCACAUCCAGCACAGCACGGCGGCCGUGACAUCACCAGGCGGCCCGCCUCCUCCACCCUGCCGCUGCUGCUUGGAAAAGCCGCUCGGCUCCCGUAUCAGAGACACCGCACCGCCGGGAGCUGCUCUGAGGGAAGGAGCCAGACACCCAGGAUCCGGUCCCAGCUGCCCUUCAUUCAUUCACCGUGACUGCAGCCGCCUCCGCCGGCGUUCUCUACAUCAUCAGCGCCUGAGGAGUUGAAUUCGUCGUGUGAGCCGUCAGGACUGAAGCAAGUGUUUUGUGGCUUGAAGACCUUUAUCCUGCUGUAGCUGUCUCAAACUAUGAAUUAUGUUGGACAACUUGCCGGGCAGGUCCUGGUUACUGUGAGGGAGCUGUACAAAGGUAUCAACCAGGCCACGCUGUCGGGCUGCAUUGAUGUCAUCGUGGUUUGUCAGCAGGAUGGCACUUACAUGUGCUCACCUUUCCAUGUCCGCUUUGGGAAAUUAGGAGUCCUUCGUUCCAAGGAAAAAGUGAUUGAUAUUGAAAUCAAUGGGGAACCAGUGGAUUUGCACAUGAAACUUGGCGAUAAUGGUGAAGCAUUUUUUGUAGAAGAAACUGAAGAAGAAAAUGAACAAGUCCCUGCAUACUUGGCUACCUCACCAAUACCCACAGAUGGCCACUUCUUCAAGAAUGUCUACAGCCACUUGCCAAACUCUGGUGAAGAGGAGAAAACAUCUCCGUUUUCCCAUACAAUGGAGCCUGAGAAUAUUAUUACAGGGUCUGUAAAGAAGAAAAAGAGGAAGCGAAGGAGAGUGAAACAUGAAAAAAAGGAAGAUAUUCCUUCUCCUCCAGGUGUGGAAGACAUCUUUGAAAUUGAAAUAAAUUCUGAUGAGGAAAGCCAAAUUCCACCUCCAAGAUCAUCGUCAAGCUCUGCAUUAAAGGAUGAUGAUUACAGAGAGUCUUUCAUCUGCCAUUCAUCGGAUCACUAUGCUUUAUCUGAUGGAGACUGGUUUCCAGAGGACAGCGGUUAUUCCCAAUCCAUGGGCCCAAAGAGUGAUUCAGAGUUGGAAGUGAAGCCCACAGAAUCAUUGCUUAGAGCAGAGCCUCAGAUGGAGUGGACGUGGGGAGGCUUUCCAGAAUCUGCCAAGGUUUACAAGAAGCAAAGAACAGACCACCUACGAACAGCCACAAUUACACCCUCUGAGAACACGCACUUUAGGGUGAUCAGCUCGGAGGCUUUGUCCGGGGCAGCUGAUGAAGAAUCUAUAGAGGACUCUGUUUGUACUGUGCUAAAACCAGAACCACGACCCCAUUCUCUCAGUAUUCAUGUAGAUACAGAGCAGCUGCCAGCAGCUGAAACCACCCCGAGCUCCCCAGAGGAAAUCCUUCCACUGGAGGCUGUGGAUACAGUGACUGAUAUGAAGACUUCAUUAAAAACAGACUCUCCAUCCAAGAAGAAAGGUGUGCUGAAGAGGAGCCAGCAUCAGGGUCCAGGCGAUAUUUAUCUGGAUGAUUUGAAUGUUUUGGAACCUGACGUUGCAGCACUUUAUUUCCCUAAAAGUGACUCUGAUCCUGGUUCCAGGCAGUGGGUAGAGUCGGACAUGUUGUCAGGCUCUCAGUCUCCCCAGUCUGUGGAGUCUACGUCUGCCGCAGACAGUGGGACAGAAUGCCUCUCUGAUUCUCCUAUGGACCUGCCAGAUGUCACACUGUCUCUCUGUGGAGGGUUGAGCGAGAAUGGAGAGAUCUCCAAAGAGAAAUUCAUGGAGCACAUUAUCACAUAUCAACAGUUUGCAGAAAAUCCAGGAAUUAUUGACAAUCAUAAUCUUGUUGUGAGGAUCCAUAAUAGGUACUAUAACUGGGUGCUGGCAGCUCCUAUGAUCCUAAGUCUACAAGUGUUUCAUAAGAGUUUACCGAAGAAUACCAUUGAAUCAUGGGUAAAGGAAAAGAUGCCAAAGCAAUCCAGGAGGUGGUGGUUCUGGCGCAAGAGAGAAAGCAUGGUCAAACAGGCAGACACAAAGGAGAAUCAACUGAAUUCAGACGUGACCAGCGAGCAAGUAGAAUCAAAGGAGCCACCAAAAAUCCGGCCGUCUACAGAGGACAAUACAUCCAGUGACGAAGACUCCUUGGAACUGAAACAGAUAAACAUUGAGGCUGCUCCUAUGCAGCAUCCGAGCCAUAGUGGUACCACAUCUUACCGUAAGACCCUGCGCCUGUCUUCAGAACAAAUAAAAAAACUGAAGCUUAGAGAUGGUCCGAAUGACAUUGUGUUUAGCAUAACCACUCAGUACCAAGGCACUUGCCGAUGUGAGGCCACCAUCUAUCUGUGGAAUUGGAAUGACAAGAUUAUUAUCUCAGAUAUUGAUGGAACAAUUACGAAGUCAGACGCAUUAGGCCAGAUUCUUCCUCAGCUUGGGAAAGAUUGGACACAUCAAGGCAUUGCCAAACUCUACCAUUCCAUACAUGAAAAUGGGUACAAAUUUUUGUAUUGCUCAGCCCGUGCCAUAGGCAUGGCAGACAUGACUAGAGGCUACUUACACUGGGUGAAUGACCGAGGCACCAUCCUUCCUAGAGGGCCACUGAUGCUGUCUCCUAGCAGCCUAUUCUCUGCAUUCCACAGGGAGGUCAUAGAAAAGAAACCUGAGAAAUUCAAGAUAGAGUGCCUCAACGAUAUUAAAAACCUGUUUGGCCCACAUCGACAACCAUUCUAUGCUGCUUUUGGCAACAGACCUAAUGAUGUGUUUGCCUAUGUGAAAGUUGGAGUACAAGACUGUCGAAUUUUCACCGUCAAUCCCAAAGGUGAAUUAAUCCAGGAAAGGACAAAAGGAAACAAAACUUCGUAUGGCAGGCUGAGUGAACUGGUUGAACACGUCUUUCCUCUACUUGAUAAAGAACAGAAUUCUGCAUUCACUUACCCAGAGUUCAGCUCAUUUUGCUAUUGGAGAGCUCCUCUCCCAGAAGUAAACAUGGCAGACUUGACGUAAAUGACGUCACGAAUGUUCUCAGACUGUUGGUUGACCUGUAAUCUUAUCGGUCAGCAAUUGCAUACCUGGAGUAUUACUGCUGUGGGAGGCCUACAUUUCCUUUUGUGGUUUCCAAAGCCUUUAUCCCACUUUGUCUUACGGUCAGUUUGUAAUUUGUUGCUAGUGAAGAUAUUGUAUAUUAUUGAUUAUAUUCAGGGAAAAUGUAAAAGAAAAUUGAUUUUAUUUUACUAUAAUAUCAUAAUUCACUGUACAUUUUUAUUUUUUGUUUUGUGAGAGAUUUAGAACACAUUUUAGCUUGUGUUCAGCAUACCUUGAUUCAAACUGACCAGUAUAAAUGUAUUUCUUUAUCAUGUCGUGCCUCUUCAGAGCCACUGGGGCAGUGUCUAUUGCAGGGCAAUACGCUGCAGAACCCACAAGCAAUGAAGACUUUGUAAGUACUUAGUGGCAAUAGCGCAAUGUGCAAGUUUUAGUUCCUAGGAAAAAAAAGUGGUUCAUUUCAGCAUCUGUGAAAAAUGCUUAAUCCAAAUAUAUAUAUUUACCAGUGCAAUUAUUUAUUUUCCAUGCAGUUAUGGAUUUCAAGUCACUAAAACAUGCUAUGUUUAAGAUAUGUUUGUGCAGUUUUGUUUUAGGAUUCAGUUUGUUUGUUUAUUUAAGUCCAGCUGUUUUUUGGAUUUCAUAUCCUUUAUUUUUUUCAUUUAUGAAUGUUAACGCUAUGCUUUACGACGUAAUUUCAGUUUCAUAGUGGACAAGAAAUCCUCCCAAUUUCACUAAAGACAGCAGAUUAAAUUGUAUUUGCUAAUUAAUCUUUUGUGCAUAAGCCAUUUUAUUAACGUUACUGGCAAGUGAUUUCUGAAGUGAGGCUGGAAGUUUAAUUGUGGUCGUCUUUUCUGACAUUUCAGCCUUUUGUUGUUUUCUAUAGUUAAAUGUAGAGGUUGACUAUGACUGGAUUAAAACACCCUGAAGCUUAUUUACUAAUGGUACAUGUGUGCAGUAACCCAUGGCAACCAGUCUGCUAUUAUCUGUCUAGUGCAGGAUCAACAGUGAAUGCCAACACCUCAUAAGCUACCUUAGCUUAUUUAGUAUUUGAAGAAUGUUGAUUAACGAAUCUCCUUGUCUUGGCAAAUUAUCACAGUGAUCCAUCAUUCAUAUCCAGUAAUCACAAAUACUUAAGCCUUGUAUAUUGCUGAUUAUCAUCUCUUAGCCAACCUGCAAGAGUAAAAUACACUUGCUACACCGCUUAUUUUACAACUAAUACAUACCUUUUAGUAUUCUGAAGUCAACUUACUGAAGCAGAGGAAAUUCAGUUUUUUCAUUCUACAAAAGUAUCGGGGCUACCACAGUGGUACCCUGUGGAAAUAUUACACCAAAAUGCCAAUUACUGGACUUUUCAUAGACUGCAUUUUAUAGUUACAGAGUUACAAACCAAACUGCCUGACGAACCUCUUUCUGUGCUGGAGUUUGGUCACUGCCCUUCCAUGCACAUCCAGCAAGUCUUUGUGGCUUAGUUUUCUAGACAGAAGCCUGACCAAUAGCUUGCACUUGUGUAUACAAGGUAUGAGUCUCCUUUUAAUAUGAAAACGUUAAGGACAGAACACAUUUUAUUGUGGUAGGUAUGAUGUUCAACUCCAUUCAAAUAAAACGUUCAAAUAUUUAUAUAA